UCCUCAUCACAAGGGUUCCAGCUCAAAAUAUGGUGGGGUGGGGCUUUCUUCCGUCACACAUGCACGUCCGUUUCACCCAUGUCUCUCCUCUUCCCCAAGUCGAGCUAUAAGCCCACAGAGGCAACAAAAGUGUCGAACCAAAGUUACACGCCUUUCCCUCCCUACCCUCACCGCUUACUCUCCCUUCUCCUACUCCCCCCAACUUAUAAUGCCUUCCUUCUUCCUCUACGCCACCUUCUGCCGUGGGAAUCUCUCUCUCUCUCUCUCUCUCCCCCUCAGAAUCUUCUUCUCCUGCUUCCCACACAAGAAGCAUAGGAAGUCGAACAGGAAGAGCCAGAAUGAGACCGCCCGCUGUCUCAUUGCUGCUCGCUAUCUUCCUUCUGUCCGCCGCCGCAGCCUUGACCGCCGGAGUCUCGUCGCACAUCUACUCCGACGAGCAGCAGCCACCCGAUGCCGGCGGUGUCGCCUCCACGACGGUCCCGGCGUUCCCCGUGGCCGGCGCGGACAACCAGAGCGCGUGCCACCUCGACCUCUCCGACGAGCUCUUCGGCGGGGUCGGCGAGGCCUGCGUCCGCGGUGGCCUCGACCAAGGCCGCUGUUGCCCGGUGCUCGCGGCCUGGCUCUUCGCCGCGCACGCCCGCUCCGCCAUCGAGGUCCGGCCGCCGCCCGCUGCCGAAGACGGGAUGGACGGCGCGGACCGGCCGGUGAUGCCGGACGACAACCAGAAGUGCGUGGACUCGUUGCAGAGCGCCCUGGAGCGGCGCGGCAUCCGCCUGCCGCGGCCCAACGCCACGUGCGACACCGUGCUCUGCUUCUGCGGUAUCCGACUCCACCAGAUCGGAUCGCUCCGGUGCCCGGCCGCCUUCAACGUCAGCGGCGUGGGGGUGGCGGCCCGGAACGCCACCCCCACGGCGGCACUGCAGCAGCUGGAGCACGACUGCGGGAAUGCGUCCUACGCUGGAUGCACGCGCUGUCUCCGCUCCCUCGAGAAGCUUAAGGGGAACGGCAGCGGGGAGCGGGCGACGAGGAUGUUCGACCGCGACUGCCAGCUGAUGGGGCUGACGUGGCUGCUGGCGAGGAACAGGACGGCCUUCAUCCCCACCGCAUCCGCCGUCCUGCGUGCACUUCUCUACGGUGCCGCCGCCCCCCUUGCGCAGGAGGAGGAAGAGUCCCAGUGCAGAUGCAGCCGGGACCAGGACGACAUGCCCCUCGCCGUCGACUCCCUCCAAUUCCAGCACCUCAGCCAGCAGCAGCAGCAGCAGCAGCAGGAAGACGACGACUCCUCUUCCUCUCGUUCCCCUUCUCCUUUCCCCUUUCCACUUCCCCUUUCCUCCUUCGUCCUGCUUAUUGUCCUGCUCGGUACACUUUCCUUCCCCUUACUCUAACCAAUAACCUCCGUGUCCCCUUUUUAUUUUCUUCUGUAAUUUUGUUUUGUUUUGUUUUUGGCUACCCCCUCGCUCGCUGUAUAUGCGUGCUCCUCCGGCCUUGUUAGGUUCCUUUUCCUUCUCCCUAUUGCUAUUUUCUCA